AUGGCAGACAAGGCUCCCUCCAACUCUCUCGGCCUCAAUUUCGACGCCCUCUCCAUCAAGGACCCCAAGACGGAGCCAGAGGACCCUCAGCCAGCACCAGCAGAGACGCAACCUCAGGAACAGCCCACGCCGACAAAAGAGCCAAGGCAGGAGAAGAAGAAGCCUUAUGUCAACCCAGAACGCGUCAAGACGGGUGGCGCAGAACGGGAGAAGCUGUCUGAAGAGGCCCUUGCGGAGCGAAUGCAGCGAAUGAAGGAGCAGAACGAAAAAAUCAAGCAGAGGAGGCUUGAUGUCAAAGCAGACGAAGAGGCAUUCAAAAAGACUCAGGAGGAAGAACGCGUGAGGCAAGCUCACGCACGAAAGAUGCAAGAGAACGUUGAUCGUACACGCGAACAGAAUGCUCGGAGAAAGAUGGAGAAGAUGGAGAGUCGCGAAUGGGACUCGGGCAAACCCUACUGCCGAACGGAAGUCAGGGAGGGUCAACCAUGGAGAGGACGGUGA